CGAACGCCUCACAGUCCUUAUGGAACCACGUUAUGACAGCAACGCUCCCGUCAGCCGUCCUGUGACCCUUCUGCCGUUAACGGGACGUCCAGCUGGGUCUGAGGAGUACUUUUCAUGGCUCUGAAGCUGAUCCAGAGGUAUCCGCUGCUCAGGCAGUUCCGCAUUCAACGUUACCCUCCUGUUGGACCCGUCUGCUCCACCAGGCUCCUGAGAACCAGCAGUGUAGGUGAGCCCUCAUGUGGAGUCUGUUCGUGCACCUCAGCUGGCGGCUGCAUCCAGACGCAGGGUUGCAAGAAGCCCCAGCAGGACUGCGGGAGGAGGAACCUGACCACCAUCAUCAGGGAGCCGUCCUUCAUCGCCAGCAGCUCUGUCGGACUCCACAGAGAUUCAGGGCCCGAGUUCCGUCUGACCCAGCUGCACCCGCCCACAGCUGCAGAGGAGGAGAGUUUCCAGAAGCUCCUAAAUAACUGCUCCUCUUCCCAGCAGGUCUUGACACUGCUGUGCUCGGCGGAGAUCAUGUCCGACACCAUGGCUGCAGCAGGGCUUCACCGCGUGGCCGACCUGGAGCAAGGGGAUAAAUCUCUGAAGGACCCCAGAGUGCUGGAGAACGACACCAUCAAAGCUCUGUGCUUCCAGCUGGAGCAGGACUCGAGGCGGCUGACGGAUGCCGGGCUGGUAUCAGCUCUCCUCGCCUGCACUCGCCUCUUCUUGGAUCCGUGGAGCAUUCUGAUGGUGCGGCUGGUGUCUGAAAGCCAGGAGAGGUUAGACAGAGGGAAGAUGACGUUAGGGCAGCUGUGCACCCUGGGCCAUGCGAUGAUGGCUAUUGAGGGUCCCAACAGUUUGAUGCUGGUGCAGGUGAUAAAGCAAAUCGAGAAACAGAAGAAUGCCCAGUGGAGCUUAGCAGAUCUCACUGCUGUUUAUAGAUUUAUGCAAACAGGUGUGGUUAAAUAUAAAAAAUACUGGAAUCUGCUAAAGGCCAUACACACCCACACUAUCAAACUUACCCCCCACAUGGACCCCGCUGCCGUCAGCGGGCUGCUCGGUGCUCUCAUGACCCUGCCUGAGACAAAGACCAUGCCUCUUGUGAUCAGUCUGUGUAAGCAGGCUGUACAGCAUGUACCUCACUUCCUUGAUGAGGAGCUCACUACUGUGCUUGGGGCCCUUAUGCACUUUGGUCACAGCGAUCAUAAGUUUGUGGAGGCGCUGGAGAGGUAUGUUCCCACAAUGGCCUUCACCUCCGACCCAGAGACGGUAACCAAGGUGAUUCAGUUCUUUGGCCGGAGGAACAUCCUGUCCCCGACUGUGUUUGAUGCCAUUGCAGAGAGCUUCGUGUACCGAGCAAGUGACUACAACACCAGCCAGGUGGCCAGGCACAUCAUGGCUCUUGGAAAGCUCGGCUACCUUCCUCCCAAUGCCGGCGAGGUAUUCAGGAAAGUUGAAAGCAUCCUGCAAUCACGCUUUUCCCAGUUUCAGCCUCGAACGCUGCUCAACCUGCUCCACUCCUGCACCCUGGUGAAGAGGUACCCUGUCAACUUUGUGUCCAAGGUUUUCAGCAGUUACUUCCUCCAGCAACUGCAAGAUCAUGGCACAGGGAUAGACUGGUUCGUCCAGGCACAGCUGACCCAGCUCCACAUGACUUUGCAGUUGGAGUGUCCUUACUAUAAGGGUCCCAGGCUCCUUCCGGAGCACCACGUCAGGACGUUCCUCAUGUCAGGACGCUCUCUGGAGACGCCCGUGGAUGUACAGCUGUACAACUCUGUGCAAGCUGGACUGGCGCAUUUGCUCGGGGGUCGUUCAUUCUUUGGAUCCAAAGUUCUGACGCCGUACUGCUACACACUCGAUGUGGAGCUAAAACUUGAUGAAGAUGGAUUCAUGCUACCUGCCAGUCAUAAUAAAGAUGUGUACAAAAGGAUGGCUGUCUGCAUUGACGGACAGACGAGGUUCACUACAAUAAAGAGGCAGCUGCUUGGAAAAGAGGCCAUCAAGCAGCGACAUCUGAGGCUCCUGGGAUAUGAAGUUGUUCAGAUUCCUUACUAUGAAUUCGAAAAACUGCAAACCAAGUCCGAGGUAGUGGAGUAUCUGCACCAGAAACUCUUCCCUCACACUUACAGGCUGAACUGGUGAUGAUAAUGUUGUGAAUGGGAUGGAUGAAUCUUGAAUGUUGAGCCUAAGAUAUUUAUUUUUCUUAAAACAGUCAUUACCAGAUGAAUGUUAUUGAUUCUGCACUUUCAUGUGUUUAAUUUCAAAAUAAAGUGACUUUUGUACAAA